ACGUGAUUGCUCUUUUUGAAGCGGAAAAGUGGUCCUGUGUAUAUAAACCCUAUAAGAUGAGGCUGCUUGAAAGGCUGCACAGAGUGCACUGAAGGGGGAGAGAGGCAUUCGCCCAGGAAGGAGAGCUGCUGAAACUUCAGACCGGCAGUUAGAGGGAGCAGAAACGGACAGGCACUUUCCUUGGCACAUUCCUGCUCAGCACCUGAGGAAGAAACUUGUGGAACGGCCAAGGAGCUGCCGAGGGAAUUCAGCACUUCGGAAAGCUCGUAGUGUCACCUGCCUUUGAGGUUCCUCUUCCGGCUUUGCAGGUCCACAGAGAUGGAACAUGGAAGUGGCCCCCAGCUUCUCCUCUCCUUUGCUCUCCUCUAUGUUCUCUGCACUCAAGCACUCGCUUUACCUCCUCUGGGAACAUACUCUGCUAUGAGAUUAGGAAACAGAAUGCCAUUUGAUGGGGCAAGUGAAUCUGAUCAUUCUCAAGGCUCAUUAAAAUCUGAAGCUGACAUUUUGCAAACUACACUACCUGAGAAUGACAAGUUCUAUUAUGAUGUGUACAGAGCUAUGGAUAGGAACACAAGACAUGCCGAUGGACUCUUCACAAGCGGCUACAGCAAACUUUUGGGUCAAAUUUCGGCAAGAAAAUAUUUGGAAUCGCUUAUAGGAAAAAGAGUUGGAAAUAACACUCCCCUUGAUGAACAGACACCGCCAGUCAAACGCCAUUCAGAUGCUGUCUUUACUGACAACUACAGUCGCUUUCGAAAGCAGAUGGCUGUGAAGAAAUAUUUGAACUCUGUUUUAACUGGGAAAAGAAGUCAGGAAGAGCUAAACCCAGCCAGCCUUCGGGAUGAAACGGAAUUGCUUGACCCUGCCUUCUCUGAAAACUAUGAUGAUGUCACUGUAGAUGACCUUGAGCUUCUGAAUCACCUCCCAUUGAAUGUCUGAAGACAACUCCGUAAAAAGAAAAAACCCUGCAAAAAAAAUCCUAAAGAUGAGAUCAAACUAUUUUUUUGAGUUUCUCAUAGUAUUUCAAAGAGAUGAUUUCCGUAUUUAAACCAAAACAGAUAUAUUGUGAAGUGAAAAUUGUGAUAUUUUUGUUUCUUAUAUAAUAAAAAUGGAUGUUUACACUGUAAA